GUGGGCGGGACCGGCCCCGCCUGCCGCUCUCUCCGCGCCGCCGCGAUGGUGCCGGUACCGUGGCCCGGGUUGCUUCUCGGGUGUUUGGGGCUGUUCCUGUCGCCGCAAGCCGCCGCCGCCGAGUUCAGCCCUUCCCUAGACAGCGACUUCACCUUCACGCUUCCCGCCGGUCGCAGGGAGUGCUUCUACCAGCCCAUGCGCAAGGAGGCCUCGCUGGAGCUGGAGUACCAGGUUCUAGAUGGAGCAGGAUUAGAUGUUGAUUUUCAUCUACUAUCUCCAAAAGGUGAAACUCUCGUUUUUGAUGAAAGAAAAUCAGAUGGAGUUCAUACGGUAGAAACAGAAGAUGGAGAUUACAUGUUCUGCUUUGACAACACAUUCAGUACCAUUUCUGAAAAGGUGAUUUUCUUUGAACUGAUCUUGGACAAUAUGGGAGACGACGGACAAGAUCAGGAAGACUGGAAGAAGUAUGUUACAGGCACAGAUCUCCUAGAUAUGAAAUUGGAAGACAUUCUGGAAUCGAUCAACAGUGUCAAAGCCAGAUUAAGCAAGAGCGUCCAGAUUCAGACACUGCUCAGAGCAUUUGAGGCUCGUGACCGAAAUAUACAAGAAAGCAACUUUGACAGAGUGAAUUUCUGGUCCAUGGUCAACUUGGGAGUAAUGGUGGUGGUAUCAGCUGUUCAGGUUUACAUGUUGAAAAGUCUCUUUGAAGAUAAGAGGAAAAGUAGAACUUAAUAUCCAGUGUGAUCAUAACAAUAUAACAGGUAUGGGGGGAGAGGGGAAGCAAUAAACUACUACAGUAAAGAGAGAAAAAAGUAAAAAUAAAACUAUGACCUUUCAGAUUCUUUUGAACAGGCAGUAGACAUCGGGUUUUCAAUUCAUGUUGGGCUUCUUGGUUGUUUUUUGCUGGUGUUCUUGUUUGUUUUGGUGGGUUUUUUUGUUGGUUUUUAUGUUUCUGUUCUGAUUUUUUUUUUUUUUUUUUUUAAACAUGGACAGAAUGCCUUGCCCUGAGCUCUUCCAUUUUUGCAAGAACUACUAACUAUUUUUUUGUACUUGUAGCAUUUGUUAAUGAUUGUUAACGACUAACUUAUGCAUAGCACACAGGAUGCUUGGUGCAUAUGCAAAGAAGUGUUAAUACUAUCUUUUUUUCAUGUUCACAUAAAACUUUAAAUGGUAACUUAGAUAUUGGCUUAUGUGCUGUUAAACAUUGAGUGAAUUUACAUGUGUGCCUAAGCAUGUUUACAGGAUUGGGGCCUACAGGGGUAGUCCAUAGUUACUGUCAUUUAUCUUCAGAGUUACAUGCUUUUAAAAAUCCUCAGCCUUUGUUGUAUGGAAUCAUGGAGAAACACUGGGCUAAUAUUGCAAGAACAAAAUGAGAACUCUUUUUAUAUGCAGAUGACUAACAUCAGCACUUUAAAAAAAAAAAAAACCACCAUCAGUGUGAAAUCGAGUCAUUGUUGAAGAGAAUUAGAGAAAAUAGGUACGAUUUCUAUUCAUAAAUCUUUCUGUCCUGUAGUUGUACAACCCUAUUCUCCUUUUUGGCUGUUACAUGAGAUUUAAGAGACAAGUGACUACAUGGUAUACAAAUGCACACACACCUUGAAGUAUGGUUUGCGAACUCUUUGUUACUGUAACCUUAUGCAAUUUUCAAGAAGUCAUUUCUCAUAUUAUUCUUUCCCUUUAAUAAAAGGGGGGAAGAGGGGAGAGAGUGUAUCACAGUAUGUGAUAUUACCUGAACAUUCAUUUUUGUAGUCUCAAAAUCCCUCUUACUUGCCAAGUUAUUUUUUAUUAGUUUUUGUCUAUUACCUCUAUGGCUAAUGUAGCAGUUAAUAGGGUAACUUACACAGGCAUGAAAAACCAAAGCUGUUCACCUAAACUUUCCCUUUUUGCUCACCCUCACAAGUCUUUUAGCUGUGUAAGUACACUUAGUUCAUCUGAGCAGUGUUUCUAUAUCUAGCUAUUUAUAUGAGUAAGGCAUAAGUUACCUGAACAGGAAGUACAGGCUUGAAAUUUUAGGAUUAACUGAAGAUGUAAUAUUACUUAACUAAGGCAAAGCUAUCCUCAAAUCAGUAAUUUAUAAUUUCUGGAUGAAGUGGCAUUUAACAGCGUAGCGAGGGUAUGGAGAACUUUUGCCAAAACGCCUGGUGUAUGACAAUUAAUGUUUUUUAAUAGUUCAAAGUUUGUAAUUUUUACAGUGUGCCAAGUCACUGAAAUUUCGUGUAUAAAUGCGUUAAACUCCAUUUCACACAAAAGUGUUUUUAAAAAAAACACUUUCUUAAAAAAAACCCACUUUUGAAAAAAAGUGUUUUAAAAGCGUAUGUAUUAGUGUUGUGCCUGUUGUUGGGUCAUGUAGGUAUGAACAGCACAGUUGCAACUUUGAGACUCUGUGAUUAAGAAUUAUUUUAUGGAGAUAAAUCAGGGUCAGUAGAUGCAUGAAGAAACACUUUGUUCAAAGAAAGCAGAUGCUAGCAAGGGCUACAGUACAUAGAAACAGCACUUCAGCUUCAACUUCAAACAAUAGUUUUUAUAAGCAAAAGUAUUAUGUCACAAAAUAUAACUUUUAACUUGUUAAAGAGGGCUCCAAAAGCUGUUGAGCUACUUUUUCUUUUUGCAAAGCUGUGUCCAAAGUAAGACUGUUUCCCUUUAGGGUUCUGCAUAUCUUUUUUCUACAUGAUGCUUUCUAUUCUAAACUGCCUGGAGUUACAAAGAUUUUUUCUGUGAUCAGGACAAAGUCUAGGAAAAAUUAAUUCUUUCUGCUGGAGUAGCAAAUAUUUUUCUGACAUUUCCCUGGACAUCUCCCAAUACCAAUAUACAACAUAUGUACAUCAGGGCUUAAGCCAAAGCUCACUGAAGUCAACUUCCAAGGUUUUGAUCAGGUCCCUUCAGGACAGGUAAAUAAGAUUCUUAGGGCUCUGCCUCUUUUGCUAGAAGAGAAGAUGUAUCUUCACUUGCAUCACCGUGAUUGUGAAGCCACAAACCAUCUGCAAAAUGCCAAACCAGCUCUAUGAAGCUGUGACUAAGACACCUACCUCUUAUAUCAAAGCUACUAGAUUCUAGAUUUCAGCUUAGACCUCCAACAGAUGAGCUCUGCCAAGUUUUCCAAGGGCACCUCAAGGGAUUAGGUUCACCAGCUGCUCUGCUGUGCCCCUCUGACAGUGGUUUACAUCCAGUGGCGAAACAGUUAUGGUGUGUUAGCAUAAGCUGCUAAUGAACACGGACUUCUCUGAUCAAAGACACAAGACUGAACUGCAGCAGUUUCUCCGAUUACAAAUAGCUGUCUGUGGCAAAAGGAAAAUAACACAACAAUUGUCAGCAGAGUUUUGCAACUAAGAGCUCCGACUGUGUUUUCUCCCCAUUCAAAGUUCAUUAUAGAAAAACAAAACAGGGAAUAACUAUAAAGGUAACUGUGCUUUGACUUUGGCAGCUGGAAUAUGUUUCUCAUAGGUGAAGGAUUCAAUAUUUAAACAUGCAGCUACAGAAAAUUUAGUAGAUGGCUUUUGACUGUAUAAAAUUUACAAAGGAGAAUAUAAAUCUAAACGUUUUUCUUAAUGGACUUUUUAUUCAGAAAUGUUUUAAGACUUGCAGAUGUUGAAUAAAAUUAUGCAAAAUUCUGAGAUUUUCAAUAAAUGAAGUUUAAACCUG